AUGGGAGAGGGAAGCGAUGAUGACGAGGAUGAUGAUGAGGACGAGGUGCUGUCUCUAUCCGGGCGGAAGGGCGCGAGCGCGGGCGCAGCCGCGGGGGCAUCGGCGUCUACGAGUACGAUAGCCGCGACAGCUGGUUCGGCGGCAGUAAAGGGCAAGAAAGCUGCCGCAUCGCGCAGACCAUCCAAGAGUGCCUCGUCUGCCUCGAGCAACAGCAGCAGCACAAAGAGUCGCAAGGGCAGAGCGGCCGCGACGGAGGGCGCAGAUGACGUCCAGACUACGCCGAAAGCCUCAACGAGUGGGAAAGCCAAGGCCACAGACGAUGCGACUGCCACUCCCACUGCGGCGUCAAAGAAGAAGGCAGCCAAGACCGGCUCUGAGGUCAAGGGAGAGCGCGACUUGGUCACUGGCAGACGCAAGAUCAAGAUCCAGUUCAUUGAGAACGACUCGAGGAGACAUAUCACGUUCAGCAAGCGCAAAUCUGGUCUGAUGAAGAAGGCAUACCAACUCUCGGUCCUCACCGGUACGCAGGUACUGCUCCUCAUCGUCUCACAGACAGGUCUCGUCUUCACCUUCAGUACACCAAAGCUUCGCCCAGUUGUCAUGGAGACGGAAGGUCGUGAGCUGAUUCAACGCUGCCUUUCUGCACCGGACGACGAA